UCGCUAGACGUCCCCGUGCGUGUAUCGCCGUUUCUCCCGUGGGGGCCCACGCGCCCUACAUUUAAAACUCCUUGGAGUAUUAUCGACUCGAGGAGUGGAGGAGGAAGAGAAAAGUUCGCUCCUCAGGCAAUGGUAGCAGUGAUUGUAAAUUGCUUUAUCAAUGGUUUAACUAUCAAAUCUCGUAGUAAAUGAUUAAAAAGAAAGGAAAAUGGUGUACGUGGACCUACCUGGGGCCCCGGAGUGUCCUAAAAUUUCAAAAGACAUAGAACUAUCUCAAUCGAAAAAUGCAUUAGAAAAUCCACAAAAAAAUAAUUCGAAAAAUGGGAGUACUACCGAUUUAAACGACAACCGGACGAGUGACCUUCCCCAAAUCUUUGCUGUAAGUAAAAACGAAGAGAGGACAACGCAAAGCCGCUCAUGGGAUAACUAUCCCGAAUGUGGAAAGGAAAGUAUAGGAACCUUGAAAACUGAAGUUACUCCCAGCAUGUUGUGCAUUACAGAUCCGGAAAGUGAAAAGAGUGACAUGUAUUCUCAAGAAAAGCAGAAACAUUUUGAUAUCAAAACCAGUCAAAGUAAUUCUUUAUUGAACAAUGAAUCAAAGGACGUUGAAAACAACACCAUCUCCACGAGAAACAUAACAGAUAACAACGUAGACAGUUAUGCUACGGAUGAAUUUGACACCGACUGCGAAAUUGAAAUAGUACCAGAAUUCACCGCUCUAGACAACGGUGCUAGCCCUUUGCUUAGGUCUAGAAUGAAGCAUAUCCCAAAGUGUACCAAUAAAGUGACCUUAAGCCGACCCGAUACAACUGAGGCCGACCAGAAUAGCGAAAGCACUCUACAGAAUCUACUUUACAAUUUCGAAACCUCUGUCACACAGUAUGAACAAUCCGUCCUCGAUUCUCCUAUAUCCGUCUCGGAUUAUGUAGAUAGAAGGGGCGAAUCGAAUGACCCACACACACUGCCUCACUGUUUCUUCGGCGGUUUCGACAUUGCUAAUGAUUCGAACCUUCUGCACGACUUCGCAAACUUCCACUUUGAUGAAGAAGACUACAGCACGACCAUCAUCGUUCAAGAAGGCGAUGACGACGAUGAUUCAGUCAUCAUCUUACACACGGAACAAUCGGGCAAGUCUCAGAAUCCUCCCAACAUCCUAUGGAAUGAACCACGUGUCCUCUCUUCGCUGAGUGACGUGUCUCUUAUCGAUGUAGAGGAUUCGUCCCUCUGGAAAGACUGCGCUCUCCUGAAGGACUAUUCCCCUUCCACGGAAUGCUCGCCCUUCAAGGACUUUGCCUCAUUGAAUGACUUUUCCCUCAUGGGGGAAACUUCUCCAUCUCCUCUCCAAAACGUUUCCCCAUUGGAAAACUCCUCGCUUGUUUCCACCAGAGAUAAUUCACCUUCGAGAGAGACAAAUUCUGUAAAAGAAAUUUCCCUCCAAAGUAACAUCGCUUCACCGAUGCAAGAUAUACCUCCUCUACCAAUGGAAAACGAAAAACCAGAAACCUCACCAUCAGCGCCUCCUUUAGGAUGUGUCGAUGGUGCGAAUUCUACUCAAGGGGACGUUUCAGCAUCGAUCCCAAUAACAGCAGAGUUACCUGGAAAAGGUGCCUCAACAACAGAACCGGCUCUCGACACUUAUGAAAAACCUAAAGACACAUUCAAAACGUCUCUCAUAUCGACCAAAUUAACACAGGACACCAUACCAACAAAUUCACACAUAACCACCAAGGCUUCGUUGGCCACUGCCCCGGAAAUAACGGCUUCCCCUGCAAAUGACAAUACAAUUGAAUCGCCGAUGGUUCAGGAGACUUGCUCUAAAGAAAUUCCUACAUAUAAAGAACAUACCAAAAUUCAAGAUGGUACAUUUCCCUUUGGGAUGGAGAACAAAAGUCGUGGAAUCUUAGCUAGCUGCCAAGUUCCAAAAAGCGUGGCUGAAAUUCCAGAAGCACUCCUUAAUAUGAAGGACACUCAUAUAAAAUCCCCUACGAAACAUUCCAAGAGUGGCAAAUCCUUGCAAAGUAGAUUACAUAAUGAGAACUGCAAAGGAAACUCUUGGAGAGACUUCAAGAUGGACCCUUCAGACAUCGUCGAUACCCUCACUCGACCAUAUCGAGAGAGAGAGAAACACAAGCCGAAAAGUACCAAAACAAAAAGUUGUCAACAUUCCAGCGACAACUCUUCUGGAAUUAAACAUGAUCGGAAGGAAUCUCUGGACGGGAAAAAGGGUUCCCAAAAGACAAAGAAUGACAUCGGAGAUUCCUUCGGGCCAAGAUUCUUUGCUGAUCUUUGUAGUCUUUGGCCAGAUAUAAUAGUCAGAUUAGCACACGACAUAUCCUUAGAAUCGCCGUCAGUGGAGGAAGCCCCAGACCCUCCGGAUCCCCCCAGCCUUAUCGAAAGUGAACGCCGCGAGUCCUGCGAUGGGGAAGAAGAAAUCCUACAGAGUCCCCGCCCUCAACCCAACAGCCCACGGCCUCAGCCGGAGGGCAAAUGUUGUUCGGAUGAAGACCCCUGCUGCCCGCAGCUGAUGGCGGAACACACCAGCGAACUCCGAGCAGCAGCGGCGGCGGCAUCUACCGGGAGCCCGAAGCGUCAGGUCUUACUCUCAGGUCCUUGCAUAAGCGCAGGACUGCAACCUGUGUCCUGUCCUAGUCCUAUAUGCGGCAGUCCAGCGCCGAGACGGCCGAGGCCCAUGAGUUCGUCGGGCCCUUCCAGCGUCGAGAGCAUUGACAGCACCGACACUGCAGACAUCAGCAUGGCCGAGUUUUUUUCCGGCGACCUGGAGGACCUCUUAGAAAUAGAAGCCACGACACCACCCGAUGGGGACCUGGAUGGUACGGAAAGAUCAUCUGGCUCUUGGGACCAGAAACCCAACGAAAGGAAGAGACGGAAACUGCCGGAGAUUCCCAAGAACAAAAAAUCGUUCAGCACGGCCAGCAUCCUGGCACUGCGGUCAGGCCCCACCCUAGCCGAGGAGUUGCAUGAGGCAGAGUCUGGGGUCGCUUCGAGGAGUAGCACCCCAGAUGCCCUCACCCUCAUCAACAAUCACUCCAGGCCCAUCCUCGUCCUUAAGUGCCACUCAUAUAUCAGGGAUGACAGCAGUAGUCCGGACUCAGAACUCCGGUUACCCAUCAAUGACAUUGACUCGGGCAAUUCAACCCAACACUCACCAGAUGGCGCGAAAUCCAUGUCACCGCAGGCCACCGUCAAUGAAUCCUUAUCUCCGAUGUCUCCAGGAUCCGGUGGCGUGCCCUUCCCUCAACUGGAGCUCCUGGAGGCAACUCAUAGAGGCCUCUACAGAUUCAUUCCCAGGCACCACGAUGAAGUCGAGAUUGAAAUUGGAGACCCCAUCUACGUGCAAAAGGAGGCUGAUGACCUCUGGUGUGAGGGAGUGAAUCUUCGGACGGGUCGACAAGGAAUCUUCCCAGGUGCCCAUGUUACUGAUGUUGAUUACUCAGACUUUGACCCCAGUGUACCAAAGGUCAAGAAAGAAAGGUACCUUCUUAAUUACUUAGGGUCGAUAGAGACCUUAUGCCACAAAGGCAAUCAGGUAUUAUGUCAGGCUGUAAGGAAAAUUGCAGGAGGAGAGGAAUCGGUACAACAUCCUCAUCCAUGUAUUCUGGAAGUUUCAGACCAGGGCAUCAGGAUGCUUGACAAGAGCAAACCGGGGCCCAACCAUGUGCCGUGCCAUGAUUACUUCUACCAUCUGAAGCAUGUAUCUUUCUGUGCUUUUCAUCCGAAGGACCAUCGUUACUUUGGUUUUAUUACUAAACAUCCUACAAUCCAGAGGUUUGCUUGUCAUGUAUUCAGAAGCAAUGACAGUACCAGACCUGUUGCAGAGGCAGUAGGCCGCGCCUUCCAAAGAUUUUACCAGAAGUUUAUUGAGACAGCAUACCCAAUUGAGGAUAUUUACCUUGAGUGAUACUUCUUGGAAACCUACUUAGCCUCAGCUGCCUCUCUGGAAAAGCAAGAACAGAACCUCAGGCAAGAAGACACACAGGCCCCCUCUGUACGAAAUGAUAGCCAGCAGGAAACAGAGGGUGUUUUGUGUAUGAUUCUAAGUACUAUGCUGCUUCUCAUUCUAAAUAUUAUUGUUUAUAAUUAUAAGAUAAUGUUCGAUAUCACGUAACAUACAGUACUGUACUUCAGGUAUGUGUACGUGAUAAUUUGAAUAAAGUGAUAUAACCAAGUCAAAAAAGUUCCUUGUAACAUGUGUUUUGGCACUGAAGUGUCAGUUUAUAAAAGAAAAUGCGGAAAACUUUCAAGUACAGUACUCUCUUUAAGCUAAAUUAGUGAGAAACCUUAACUUCUUUAGUUUCUCACCAGAAAUGCAUUUGUUACAAGAAAAAGCAUGUGAGAACACCUAGUUUUCACUGACAUAGAUGCCAGACAGCUUAUUAUUCAGCUUGUGAUAUUUGUUUUAACUCAUUGUAUGCAAACUCACUAAUAAAAGCUGGGAAAGUAACUGUACGUAGACUCCAUUUUUUAAAUUUUGGUUAAUGAAUCAAAAUACAUAGUUGACAUGUUACUCCUUUUUUGUUUAUUUUUUUAUUUUGCUACUGAUUAACUUUUUACUUAGUACAAUAAGUUGGUCUCGAUUCAGAGGUAUGUAUGUACUUGUAAUUUCACAUACUGUACUGUCAACUCAUUUUGAUGAUUCAAGCUAUUUAUUCUCAGUCUAUUAUGCUAGAGAAUAAUGCAUUAGUGAUAUUUAUAAAAAAUGUUCAUAUGAAACAUGCUUCUAUAAGUGGUAUGGUGUGUAUUUUGUUCUAAAUAAAUGUACAGAAUGCAGGACAGUACUGUAAUACUGGAUUUUAUUGUAAUAUUUUUGGCAUAAUGGUUUAGGAAGAGAAAAUGCUUUCUUCUCAGAUUUCCAUAGCAGAAUUUCCCUACAUGUUGGUAAAAUCACUACCUAACAUAAAUUUAUGGUAGGUCAUAAGCACCAUGUUAACUUCUGAUGCUGAUUAGUAAUACAUAUCUACUACAUGUCAUUUCAAAUAAGAAACUGCAGCAGAUCUUUGUAUAUCAACUUAUAACGUAAUGUGCCAUCUCAUGGUACAUACACUCUAAUUCAUGCUUUAGUAAAGAAACUGUUAACAUCUUCUUGCAUUUAAAAGAAAUAGUGACAAUUCUUAUAUAUUUAUAAAAUAUACCAAUACAAAAUCAGUAAAAUUGGAUUACAGUAAAAAUAUUCUACAUAAAGAAAUAGGUUUCCAGAAUAAAGGUGAAUGUUUCCUCUUUGAAUUUGGAUACUAUAGUCUACACUAAUGCUUCUGGCACAUGAUAAAAAGAUUGUACUUUUUGUAGACUACAGCUAAAUCUUUCCGUCAUUUCCCUGCAUCAUGAAUUAAAAAAGGUCUUUACUUCUGUGAAAAGUACAUCACAGCUAAACAUUUGGAAGCUUUCUGAAAAGUAAAGUUAGGACCAAGACUGUAGGCGAGGCAGCAACAGUAAUACUGUAAUCAGAGAAUUUAGUGAGGGUUCACUUUCAGAACUCAGAUUGUCUCAAGUCUUUGGGGCUAGAGCCUGACUAGGCUCAAUUCAGGCUAAAGCCUCACAAGAUUUUGUGAGCUUUUAAACGAUUCUGACUACGGAGGAAAAUGCUUGUACUGUAUCUUGGAUUUCAGUGCAACAUUCUGCAUCUGUAUAUAAUGUAAAUUCUAUACCUUGUGAUUUAGAACUGAGUUCUACAUUUCAAAACUGUUUUAAUACCCAUAGAAAUAAUGAUAAGAACAUGAACAGACUACCAUAUAAUAAACCUUGGAUUUUAUGCCCUUGAUAUGUUUGAAUUUACUUUAUUUUUUCAGCAUUGAUGUAAAAUAAAAAUGUAAUCUACUGUAAAUUUUUUUUAUAGUUAUGCAUGACUGCAUAACAGGUUUGCAUGAUUAUGGAUUUGUAUAUAGAAACUGAAUGGGUUAUUUGAAAGUACAGUAGAUGUAAAGGACUUGUCUACCUAACAAGUCUUACUUAAAUAUACACUAUAGCAUACAGGUUAAUGUAUAACAAUACUACUAGAAUGAAAAUAUUAAGUUACAUUUGGAAUACUCUUUCCAGAUGGUUAUUUAGUCUUAUACUGUAUAUUAUGAAUCAUGCGCCGAGUCUUCAUUCUAAACUUUUAGUGUCAAAUUCAACCUAAAUUGUAACUCAUUAAUAUUUAAUAAAAAAAGCUCAACUUCUUAUCCACAAUAGAUCUGUUACAUUCAGUCUCUAAAGCAAAUCCUCUUUAAUGAUCACUUAUUUCUACUGAUGCCAAAAAAAAUAUAUAUACUUUUUGCUCUGUGGUUAAGCUAUUGGUAUGCAUAUCUUACUCCAGUAUCACCCCUUGUUCAAUGGAUGCAUGUAUUGAGAAAUGUAAGUCAAUAUAAGAAUACUGUAUUCUCAGUUUUCUUGGUAUCUGUUUAUGUCUGAGCAGGGACUUUUUACAUGAUAUUCCAAUUGUAGAAAUUAUGAAAGAAUUAGGAAAGAUUAUUUAAAAACAACUAUAGUUAAUUCUAAAGUUAAUCUGGAAAAAUAAUUUGCUUUUGGCUUGAAUUUCUAUUUUAAAAGAACAUUUAAUUUUUUUCUCUUUAAAGCACAGACACUGUAUCCUAUUCAGUGCUUUCCAUUGGAAGAACAACAAUGCUUCCAGCCAAGACCACGACUUUAUUUUACAUUGUAGAGGAAAUAUGAAAAUUAGUGUACAGCAGUCAGUUUAAAGCACAAAGAAGUCAAGACAUGAAGAAAAUUGUCAAAGUUUCAAAUUUGCAGUCUUUUCAGCAUGUACUGUGAUGGUUGCCGUAAUGUAUUCAGUUAACUCUUCCAAACUGUCAGGUUUCUGAAAUCUUACCUUCAAACUUUGUAUCAUGUGUGUCUUUAGUUAGCAAUAUCAACUUAACUGUCAAUGAGGAUUUCAAAAGGAUCAUUACCUACCAAUAACAGAGUAAACCCCCAAAUCAUUUUCAAAGUAAUGCAGUUCUGUUAGUGAAACUUAUCAUUGUUUCAUGACAAUAAUACUGUGGUUUUUGUUCUAUUUUUGUUUUAUAAGGAGAAGGACAUCAAGUUAAUUAAUACCUUAAAUGUAAUGUAUGUGACCACAACUCUUUCAAUAUUUGUACUUUCAGCAGUACCAGAAAAGUAUAUAUUACCUAUACUCUUAAACUUUAAAAUAAUGAAGCUUGGUGUUAUCACUCACAGUAAAUUAGGUAUCAGCAAACAUUACUUUCAGGAAAUAUAUUAAUGACCCUUGCUCCUUACAUAUCAAUUGGUAUAUUUACUAAAGAUAUUGAGGAAGUAUGAAUGGUGGCUUGCUUUGAAUUCUUGAUGAUACGUUAGACAAAAUUAUACUAUUAACUUUAUAAUUACACUAUUAAACUUUAUAAUUUAUGGAACUAGAUUUUGCUGGCAUGUUAAUAUUUUUUGUAGUUUGAGGAAAAACAAAAUUUUUUGGUAGUGGUUCAUUCCAGAGAAAUUUCUCAUUUUUUUAACUUAACCUUAAUAUUUUUCAAGCAUAUUCUAUGAUUGUAACGGACUGUUUGCUGGCAAACACUUAAAAUUGUGAUCUGGAUUAAUCAGAAUUUACUUGAAGUGAAAUCUAAACUAAACUUUAGUGUACGAAAGAGUAACAUAUUCUUAAAAGAUUGGAAUGGAAUAUAGAAUAUAACUUAUAACUGAUUCAGCACUGAAUGGGAAAUUUGCGGGUAAAAUCUUUUCAAGCUGUAACAAGAGGAAAACCUUGCACUUGCACUAUAAAACAUUUGUUAGGAGAGGGUGGAAAGUAAGAUGGAUGAAAGAGAAAAUGAAUCUAGGUGUAGUAAAAGGAAUCAAGGGGUUGUUAAAGCUAGGGGCUGAAGGGACUCUGCAAAGAACCUUAGUUAUUGCCUACAGUGCUCCAUGUGAGGUGCACUGAUAACACUGCCUCUCAAUAGAUGGUAUGUUGUAGCCACCAUUAAGCUAAUACGUACUAGCUACAAAAAUCUAGCUUGGACACACUUAAUAUUCGUAAUGAUUCGAGUUUUGUCUGUGACUUUCAUGUACCUCACAUGAAGUGUAAUUUUAAUAAAAAAUUUUGUUUCAACAGCUGUACUAAUAUUCAUGUAAAUUAGCUAGAAAUGAGUGAUCACCAAGGUUCCUUAGUUCCUAUCAUUUGGAUGACUAAGUCAAUUUAUAUAAUUUUAUUUGAGAGUUUGGAUGCAUACUAUACAGUUGAGGUAAGGUUAACUUGCUUUCACUGAUGAGGACAGCUAGCCAUGUCGCAAAAUGGGAAAUGCACAAAAUGGACUUUAAGCCAACUGAUGGAGUGUAUAGUACUUCAUUUCUUGUAAGGUGUAAGACUAUUAAAAAAGUAUGAUUUAUUAAUGUAUAUCGUUAUAUAGUGCAGUAAGUAACUUCAGUCGUGAUAUAGAGACAGUGUAAUAAAGACAGUAUGGUUUUUGUGAAGAAUAUAUACACAUAUAUUUCAUGUUUGUUUGAAAUCUGAAAGUUUGCAAAGCUUAACCUAAAGAAUUACGGAAAUUCAUGAUUGUAGUAUAUAAGGAAACUUCAAGUAGGUAAAGGAAAUGAGCUACACUGAAUACCAGGUAGUAUCAAAAUCUUUGGCAUCAGAAUUUAGACUGUAUAAUGAAAAACUAUAGCAUUUAAAAAAAAAAAAGUCAAAAUUAAUGUGGUCUUCCAGUGCAAUUUCCUGUCGUAUAUCAUACAGAAUAACUAUUGAAUAUUCGUUAUCUUGUGGAGUUUUGUGAUGAAGGAGUUUUAUGGUAGAUUGAAGUUUUGUUUCAUCGAGAAUUUGACUUUUAUUUUAUAAUUAGCUUGAAAAGUUAUGAUCAGUAUUUCAAUUGUUAUUUGUUGUUGUUAUUGAACAAAAUGCGGAGGAGGUAAAGCCUAAAAAUAUUCAACAAAAGAGCAGAGUACUAAUCACUCACUCAUAUUUUUCAUUAAUUUAAAAGCCAGCUUGUUCAAUAAAUAAAUUCAUACCAUCAUUUUAUUUUCAUAAAUCAAUGACCAUGUCAUUUUUCCCCCCCACUAUUAUUAAGUAACCUUGAACUAUAGUGUUUCUGACCAUCGAGGAUGUGUGAGUUUCUCAAAACUUGCCUUAUAAAUUGAUCCCUUUUAUGGUGUAUAUAUAAACACACACACACUUGUGGUCAUCUAUGUAAGUUGGUCGAAGUCCAAGGCUGGUCUGGCAUGCACAGACAUCCUCACAAGUUCAAUCAAAACAAAAACUAUAUAUUAUGUAAAAAAAUUUUUUUUUUUGGUCCAGAAGCAAGUUUUCACUAGUGUAAAAUCAUAGUUGCUUGUGAAGGAAAGUCUAAGUGAUAUUCUUUCCCUAGCCUGCCAGUAUGUACUGUAUCUUUUCUUUGAUAAACAAUUAUGACAAAUGAUGCUUACUCGGCAAGUACUGUGUUCUCUCUUUUGCCAUUCUACAAUUUACAAUUUUCCCUUUUCUUAACCUUCCAAAUCUAGUUUUUAUUUCUGGAUAAUUUGUGGGAACAAUUGCUAUGUAAAAGACAAAUCAAGAAGUGAAAGUAUACAUAUAUAAGCUUCCACUAUAAACAUAAGAGCAGAGAGAAGCUUGUAAAGUACACCUGAACUUGGUUGGUUAUAAAUUUACACUGCUGGGCAUUAAGCUUUUAAACUUGGGAUAUUUUUCAUUAUUAGAUACAUAAGGGAUGGCUUACGUUUCUUACUGUAAAUAUUUACAAUUUAUUUUCCCUUAUUUUAUUGGAGAAAGAAAUGUUAAGUUAUAAAAAUUUUUAAAAGUUAUUAAAAAUGCUAAGCCUCAAGAAAAUUGAAUUUUCAAGACUGGAGAGAGAAAGAGAAAAAACUACCGGGUAAGAAUAAAUUCAGUAAGCACUUCCCUUGACAUUAUGAAAAGAAUUCAUAUUCAUAUUUAAAACCAUUUUAAGAUACAUCAUGUAAACAACAGUAAGAUAGUGCAAUUGUUCAGCCUUGGACUCGACUCUACUUUACAUCAUUUACCCGACAAUAUGGUAUGGAAUGGUACUGCAAAAUGACAGAUCAGCAAAAAGUUAAAAAUAUAUGGCUUUCGUUACUA